UCAUAACAACUUCCCUAGUCUCUGACCCUUCCCUCAGUUUGUCCCCAAAGACAGUCACAGGGACCCACCACCUCUCCUCUCUCCCCACCCCCACACACAGGAAGCCGCUAGACCUGCUACCAGCAGGGUGACAUCCGCUUUUGCUGCCUCUCUGCUCCCCCACUCUUCCUCAGAACCUCUCUGGACCAAAGCCCUUUGGGAGACCCCUUCCAACCCACAGCCCACCAUGAUCCCUUCAGGCAACAUCCUGCUUCUACUUUUGCUGCCAGUGGCGGCAGCUCAGGUAACCCCAGGUUCCUGUUCCGGGUGUGGGCCCCUCCCCCUCCCACUCCUGGGGGGGCUUGUGGCUGCGGAUGCUGUGGUAUCUCUGCUCAUCGUGGUGGCGGUGUUUUUGUGUGCCGGCCUACGCCACAGGCCCACCCAAGAAGAUGGCAAGGUCUACAUCAACAUGCCUGGCAGGGGCUGACCCCCUGGAACUGGGACCUUUGACUUCUGACCCUCUCAUCCUGGAUUGUGUGUGGUGGCACAGGAAACCCACUCCCCCGUUUGGAUUGGAAUAAAGCAACUGAAAUACC